CCGUCCCUCGUGCUCUCUGGGCGUUUCAACUUUCCCGCUUUCAUAUGCAGUUGCUGCCCUGCGUCCCCGUCCUUCUGCGCCUGCGCGUUAGAGGUUGGCGUGGGGAUUUGAAAAACAGAAACCCGCAUUAUUUUUUAACGGCGCGGUCGCCGUCGAGUGAGAGGAGGCGGCGGAGGAAGGAUGGCUAGCGGCGCUUUCUCCCUCGCGGUGCCAGCCGGAGAAGAGAGCAGCGAGAGCGACGACGACGGCUGGGUCGUCGGGUCCGUCGAGGCGACGCCUCAGAAGCACCAACUGGAUGACAUAUUGCAGUCAAAUGGCAAAGAUGAAGCAUUGAAGAAAGCAUUGCUGGCUGGAAACUUGCCUGCUGUUGAAGAGCUUUUAAAUUCAGGUGUAAGUGUGGAUUCUACUUUUAAGUUUGGAUGGACUCCUCUGAUGUAUGCUGCAAGUGUCUCAAAUGUGGAACUCAUGCAAAUCCUUCUGAACAGAGGUUCAAAUGCAAGCUUUGAUAAGGAUCAAUAUACAGUAUUGAUGGCUGCAUGUACAGCACAUACUUCAGAAGAGCAGAUUUUAAAGUGUGUAGAACUGCUUCUCUCAAGAAAUGCUAACCCUAAUGCUGCUUGUAGGAAGAAAAUGACUCCAUUAAUGUAUGCAGCCCGUGAUGGCCACCCUCAAGUUGUAACUCUUCUUGCUGCUCAUGGAUCAGAAAUAAAUGCCCAGGAUGAACGUGGUUACACAGCAUUAACGUGGGCAGCACGCCAAGGUCAUAAAAAAGUAGUCUUCAAGUUGCUCGAAUUGGGAGCUGACAAAUCAAUACAGACCAAAGAUGGACUGACAGCAGGAGAGAUUGCAAAGAGCAACAAGCAUUCAGAGCUUUUUAGCUUACUUUCAUUGAGUAAACACCCUUUCCAAGAAAGAUUCAACAACCUGACUAAAGAAGAGGCUAUUCACAAACUUCUGAAAGCAGUUCCCAAUACAUUUAAAAGCCAGAAAACCAGUUCUUAUUCAGCCUUUGGCGACCUGGAGGUGUUUUUACAAGGCCUUGAGCUUGAACAUUUAACAGAGGUCCUGAAGGAGGGAGAGAUUGGUUUAAGGGAGCUUUUGACCAUGGGAAACGAGGACUUUACACAGCUUGGAAUUACAAAUGCCAGAGAUCAGCAGAAAAUCUUAGGUGCUGUUAAAGAAGUGCAGAUAGAAAAAAUAAAGUUGGAAGAGUUGUCCAGUGUGGUGAAUUUGGAACUCAGUGGUGACGAGUUUCUUUCUUUCCUUGUGAAGCUAAACAAACAGUGUAUGCACCUUACAGCUGCUGUGCAAAGUGCGGUUAAUCAGUUCCCUACAGAUGCUCACAAGUUGGUUCUUGAAUGGAGUCCACCUCAGAAGCUUGCUAAUGUUUGUGGAAAGCUUGUUUCCAGUGCUGAGGAUCUGACUGGAGAAGCUACCAAACUGAAAAGCCUCAUGGAAAAGCUGCAUGAUGGACAGAAAGAUGAUCCUUGCCGAAUACAACCUUGGGUGGAAAAACGCUGGUGGAAGAAGCCUUUUGUUCAAAUAGUAGCAGUAACGUUGGUUGGGUCUGGUUGUGCCAUCUUUAUCAUGAAGUUAACUUUAAGGAAGAGCUGAGCUGGGAGUCAUACAUAAAACAACUUUUAAAUAUACUUUCCAACAUCUUGAAUUAUGGCUAAAUCUGUUAUUUGUAUUAACUUUCAUGGUUUCAGGAGUGUCAGUUUUAUAAUAGUAAAAGCAUUGUAAUUUCCAUA